AUGGUACCUGUUGAGAGCACAGAGGGCCCCGGUCUGCUGAGCCCGAAGGACAGCCCGCCCGGGACAGAUGGCUGCGACAGGGCCCGCGGCGGCCCGCAUCCUCCCGGGGCCAGAGGGUGCGGCAUGUUUACUCUCCUGUCAUCAGUCACAGCAGCUGUCAGUGGCCUCCUGGUGGGCUAUGAACUUGGGAUCAUCUCCGGGGCUCUUCUUCAGCUAAGAACCUUAUUAGCCCUCACGUGCCAGGAGCAGGAAAUGGUCGUGAGCUCCCUCCUCAUCGGGGCCUUAAUCACCUCUCUCACGGGAGGGGUCCUCAUUGACACGUAUGGAAGAAGGGCUGCUAUCAUCUUGUCGUCCUGCCUACUUGGACUUGGAAGCCUAGUCUUGAUACUCAGUUUAUCAUACACGGUCCUUAUAGUGGGACGCAUUGCUAUAGGGGUUUCCAUUGCACUCUCUUCAAUUGCCACUUGUGUUUACAUCGCCGAGAUUGCCCCACAGCACAGACGGGGUCUUCUGGUGUCACUAAAUGAGUUGAUGAUUGUCAUUGGCAUUCUUCUGGCCUACAUUUCAAAUUAUGCAUUUGCCAAUGUUUCCCAUGGAUGGAAAUACAUGUUCGGCCUUGUUAUUCCCUUGGGAGUUUUGCAAGCGAUUGGAAUGUAUUUUCUUCCUCCAAGUCCUCGGUUCCUGGUGAUGAAAGGACAGGAGGAAGCUGCCGGCAAGGUUCUUCAAAGGUUGAGAUCCCUCUCAGACACAAUGGAGGAACUCACUCUGAUAAAAUCUUCCCUGAAAGAUGAAUAUCAGUAUAGCUUUUGGGAUCUGUUUCGUUCAAAGGACAACAUGAGGACCAGAAUAAUGAUAGGGCUAACACUGGUGUUUUUUGUACAAAUCACUGGCCAACCAAACAUAUUAUUCUAUGCAUCGACUGUUUUGAAAUCUGUUGGCUUCCAAAGCAAUGAGGCAGCUAGCCUAGCCUCCACAGGCGUUGGGGUUGUCAAGGUCAUCAGCACCAUCCCAGCCACGCUUCUUGUAGACCACGUUGGGGCCAAAACUUUCCUCUGUGUUGGCUCUUCCGUGAUGGCAGCCUCCUUGGUGACCAUGGGCAUUGUGAAUCUCAACAUCCAUAUGAACUUCACCAUUAUCUGCAGAAGCCAGAAUCUUAUCAACCAGUCUUUGGAUGAGUCAGUGUUCUAUGGAUCAAGAAAUUUGUCAGCCAGCAAUGAAACUCUUACAGAGCCCUUCAAGGGGAUCACAUCCCACAGCAGAAGCUCAUUAAUGCCCAGGAGAAAUGAUGUGGAUAAGGGAGGGGAGAUGACCUCAGCAUCCUUACUGAAUGCUGGAAGGAGCCAAACGGAAUACCAGAUAGUCACAGACCCUGUGCAAGUCCCACCUUUUUUGAAAUGGCUAUCCUUGGCCAGCUUACUUGUUUAUGUUGCUGCUUUCUCAAUCGGUCUAGGACCGAUGCCCUGGCUGGUGCUCAGCGAGAUUUUUCCUGGUGGAAUCAGAGGUCGAGCCAUGGCUUUAACAUCAAGCAUGAACUGGGGCAUCAACCUCCUCAUCUCGCUGACGUUUCUGACUGUGACGGAUCUCAUUGGCCUGCCGUGGGUGUGCUUCAUAUAUGCGAUCAUGAGUCUCGCAGCCCUGGGGUUCGUUGUCGCGUUUAUACCUGAGACCAAAGGAUGCUCUUUGGAACAAAUAUCAAUGGAACUGGCAAAAUCGAACUAUGUGAAAAACAACAUUUGCUUUAUGAGUCAUCACCAAGAGGAAUUGGCACCAAAACAACUCCAAAAAAGAAAACAUCAAGAGCAGCUCUUGGAGUGUAAAAGCUUUGUGGUGGGGGACAACCAAGGUAGUUUGGUCCAGACACCUACUGGCCUCAAAACCUUAUAA